GCAUCCUUAUGACCCACCAACGGGAUCGUUAAGGUCUUGGUGAAUACAACAGACAUUCUUUGUUUUUUCGAGUUUUCGUUUUGUAUAUAAUUUGGAAAUCAAAAUUUAAGACUAUUAGUACGAUGCAUAAAGAAAAAAUUUUAAGUUCAGAAAAUGCUAAGAAAGUAAAUAACAAAGAACUUAAAUUAAAUGGAUCUACAAAUGAAACAAGAAAUAAAACAGUGAGCUUACUCGACAAAAAGGAUGACAGAGAGUAUGACCUUGUUCCGCCUGACGGCGGUUGGGGUUGGCUUGUUCUAUUGGGUUCGUGCUUAACUAACAUUCUCAUCCCUGGCACUAUUAAAAGUUUUGGAGUAUUAUUUUCGGAAUUCACCGAUGCAUUCAACUCAUCGCCCACAAAGGCUGCAUGGAUACCAGCUCUCUGCUACUUUCUCUAUAGUUCAUUGGGCCCAAUUUCGAGCAUACUAUCUGUAAAGUACUCAUAUCGUACAGUAACUCUUCUUGGAGGGGCAUCUGCAUCACUGGGAAUGAUACUCUCGUUUUGGGCAUCAUCUAUUGAAUACUUGUAUAUCAGCUAUGGUGUUUUAGUCGGAAUCGGAGCUGGUCUCUCCUUUCCACCCACAGUCUACAUUGUUACGUCGUACUUUGCGAAGUUACGUGGAUUGGCUAACGGCCUAUGCAUUUCCGGCAGCGCGUUGGGUAGCAUUAUUCUUCCUCCCCUUCUCCGAUGGCUACUAGAGACAUAUGGAUACCAUGGAUCUUGUCUAAUAAUGGGGGGUAUUACUAUGAACGUAUUUGUAGCUGCUCUUUUCUAUGAGCCUGUUGAACAGCACAUGGUUCGAGUACCUUGUGCACGCCAGGCUUUGGAAGAUAUUCCUGAAGAGGAAGAUAUUGGCAUUGUGAUGAAGUUCGAGAAUGUAGACCAGUCUGCGUCUAAAAACCAGCAAAGUGACAGACAGUUGUUAGCGUACAACUCUCCUCCGUCGCCACUGUAUCUACCCGAAGAUGAAAAGCUACAGUUCGUGCGGAGCGCAUCUGCAGCGGUCGUUCAAAGCUACUCAAAACCAGGAGAAGAGUUUCAAUCCCGAUCUCGUAAGAUUAGUACCCCGUUGAGGUUACCCCAAAGAAACCAAACAUUCACGCCUGGGCAAUUGAACUCGCAAUCUUCCUUAUAUGCAGUUCCUGAGGGCCGAUCUAGCUCAAACAAAUUCGCUCGGAAUUUUUCAAAGUCACGACUAUCAAAGCGCUCCCCGUCAACCAGCAGUUUUUUAUACGUUAGCACUCCAUAUCAUGGCAGCACACUGUCAUUCCAGCCGAAAGAAUUCUCUUCACACUUGUCUCUGCGCUCAGUCGGUAGUAGUGGAUCCGCGGGCACUGCAUGCGACUAUACAGGCCCUCAUGGAAAUCAAUCUAACGUCGAGGCCCAGAACGAGGCGCAGUAUCAGCAACGAACGAAAUUUUUCGAUUUGAGCCUUUUAAAAGACCCGAUGUACUUGGUCAUACUCAUUUCCAACUCGACGAAUGCAAUAAGUUACACUAAUUUUAUCAUUUUGCUGCCCAGUUUUGGAGAAGCCAGGGGCUUUAACAAAUCAUUAUCUGCAUAUCUACUUUCAGUAGUCUCUGCCACAGAUUUAAUAGGUCGUAUUGGGGGAUCAGCACUCUCGGAUAUGGGGUACAUACCUAAGACCUGGUACUUUGUUGGCGGCUUGACCAUAUCAGGAUUUUCCCUUGCGCUUUUACCUUUUGCAUGGUCUUACCGCUCGGUAUGCUUUUGGUGCGCGCUAUUUGGCCUAGCUUCUGGAAUUUACGUCGGAAUUACUGCCGUGAUAAUGGCAGAUAUGCUUGGUACGGAACGUUUGACAUCAUCCUAUGGUAUCAGCCUUUUUAUUAAUGGAUUGCUGCAGUUAAUUGGACCGCCUCUUUGUAAUUACUGGUUUGAGGCUGUUAAUGACUACAAUCCUCUGUUUCACGCCCUAGGCUUGACUCUGUUAGCUGGAGCUAGCCUAUGGAGUUUUAUGCCAUGGAUUAGCCGAUGCAGGUCCGAAACGGAAGAAAAAGAAAAUCCACAAAUUGAUGAAUAGGCUGGCUACUAAAUGAACAACCAACUCCUGUAUUAAAAGACGUACAAUAACAACUAGAUUUUAAGCUUAAAAUGGCGUACAAAAAGUGAUGAUGAAUGACGUGCGUAAUUUAAGGGGCCGAGACUAUGAAAGAUAAUUGGAAACCUUUAUUUGUUUCUUCCAAAUGUUUUUUUAGUACUGCUUUAGUCGUAAUUAUUACGUUGAAUAAAAAAAUCUUGUUUGAUUAUAA